UGCAUACUUCCCUCUUCACGGCUGAGCCGCGAUGCGUCUCCUGAGAGCAGAGACUCUUCAGUUUGAAGACUUUAUCGGCGACGAUAUUCCAGAGUAUGCGAUACUAUCCCACCGCUGGGAGCAGGAUGAGCUCUCGUACCAGGACAUGUGCAGAGUAGUUGAGCAUGGCAAAGUGGCACCAGAAAUGAGGCAUAUUCAGGAAAAGCAAGGCUUCCGCAAAAUCUACAACUUCAGUCGCCAGGCAUUAAAAGAUGGUUAUGAAUAUGUAUGGGCCGACACCUGCUGUAUCGAUAAAUCCAGCAGUGCCGAACUCCAAGAAGCCAUUAACUCGAUGUAUCAGUGGUAUGAGAGCUCUGGAACCUGCUAUGCCUACCUCUACGACGUAUCUAUCCCUACUCAUAGCGGCAACCCACUUGGCAGAGGCCUGUCCGCAGCAGGAUGCAUCGAGUCCUUCAAAGAAUCUCGAUGGUUUACUCGAGGCUGGACCCUCCAAGAACUCCUAGCCCCACGGAGUCUGGUAUUUUUUGACCAGAAUUGGAAGAAGUGUGGCACCGCCAGUGACUUAUAUAAAGUCAUCGAAAUAAUUACGGGCAUAGAUGUCCGAAAGGUCGUCAGAGAUGUGGGCCGAGAUGGCCCAAGGUUCUGGCCGUUUCGAAUCGCGAGGCGUAUGUCCUGGGCCGCAAACCGACAGACCACUAAAAUCGAGGAUCGUGCGUAUUCGCUCCUCGGACUUUUCGACAUCAACAUGCCAUUGCUCUACGGCGAGGGAGAGCGAGCAUUCCGGCGUCUACAAGAGGAAAUUCUCAAGGUCGAUGAGGAUGCCUCCAUUCUAGCGUGGAGCUCUGCGGAAGCUGAGGCGGGAUUCGCGCCUAAUGGCCUAGCCAGGUCACCUAGCCAAUUCCACAAGUACCCGGACCUAGUGGACCUAAAGAGCACCCGUUUUCGCUAUGUGGAUUUUAAUCCAACGAUGAUACCACGAGGCCUCCAGGCGACAUUGAGGAUCCGGAGAGAUCCGAACGAACAGGCGCUCGCAAACGCUGUUUUAAUGACCGAAGGGGACCAACGCUCUAAAUGGUCGAAGUCCCUAAUACUUCCUAUUAUGUUCCCUGAAUUAACCUUCUUACGGUCGGAUAUAGAGAACGAAUGCAUCAGAUUCUCGAAUCCCCUUUGGGUUCCAUCAACUUUUGUUACGGACGCUGAGCCAGAGCCCGUUUGCUUCAUCAGACAGGUGCAGGCUGCGGACGUGAACCCCAAUAAUGACGGGUUCAGCCUUUGCUCAACCGUGUGGAAGGAUUACGUCACAACAUUCACAUAUCCUGUUCAAACGCAGCCUGGACGUCGCCAUUUUCCUGCCAUUUUUGGUGGGUUCUCCAAAAGCUCGGGAUGGAAAAAGGGUGGCCGCAUCUUCAUCCUGGAAUUAACUGCCCGUGCCCAGGCAGCGCAGAGGUUCAUUGUUCUAGUCGAUUAUCAAGUGAAAGGCAGGAAAAUGGUCGAGGGCCCAACUGUCACAGUCAUCAGGCUGCAGCGAGCGAUAAAUCUGGCCUAUGCUGCGAAGUUGGUGAGAUUGAGGAAACUUCGAUGUGGCUUUUCUCCAUGUAAUCUCACCGAUUGUAGCGGUAAUUUGAUUCCCACGGAUGAAAUUGUUUGCGCCAGUAGUUUCUACAGUUACUGGAUUCAUGCUGAGGAUGACCGUUUCGAGAAGUUGCCGGUUCGCCCAGUCAGGGAACCUGCGACCAAAGCCCUUUGCGCCACAAAGAGACUGCGAUAAACGAGUUAGAUAGUCCUAUAGAGAAAUACGAAAUGAAUAUGACG